UACCCAAUAGGAACAAGGGGCAUUUCGGUCCACUUGAAAAUCUCCAUACUGCGAUACAAUAAUAUUAGGUCGGAUAAACUAGGGUUUGUAUAUAAAUCGUGUUCUUACUCAUCUUCUCACAUAUAGCGCAUCUCGCUCCCCCCAUUUCACCAAUCCCGAGUUCUUUGCAGAGAAGGCAGUUCUUUUGUAGUUUUUCUCUACAAUGAGUGAUGCAGAAAAUACCCUUCCAGCUUCAAAGAAGAGAACGGCUGGAAGACAAAUAACUAAAGAGACUCUCGGUGUUGAUGAUGAUGAAGACAAUGCUGAGCAAGAGACUGGAACCUUUAAGAAAGCAAGCGAUGAUGUUCUGGCAAGUAGAAGAAUAGUUAAGGUUCGCCGGCAACAGCCAUCUGCUGCCACAGCAGCCGCUUCUAAUCCUUUUGCAGGGAUUCGUCUCGUCCCUCCUACCAAUUCAAGUGAUACUCCAGCUGUGGUUACUUCUGCAGGUGGAAAUGUUAACUCAGUAUCAGAAGAUACAGGGGUAAAGAAUGGAGUGGAACAGGAUAGUGGAAAGGAAACAGCAGAUGGUGAUAAGAAAUCAGAAAGUGAAACAGUGGUGGUAAAGAAUGGAGUGAAUCAGGACUCUGAGAAGGGAAAAGUUGAGGAGGCGGGGACUGAAUCAAUUGUUGAAGAUGAAAAACCUAAAAGUAGUGAAGGGAAAGUUGAUGAUAAGAAUUCAGAGUGCAGUGCUGGUGAACCAAAAACCGAAUCUAAGGUGGCCAAGGAGAUAGAUAAUACUGUUACUGAGACGACCAACGCUGAAUCAACUGGUGUGAAGACUGAUGGAGUUGAAGAUACUAAUAAUGAGGCUAAGACGAAUGCUGAGGAUAACAAAAGUGAGAAUGAGAAAAGAGACAACGGUGAAAGUGUAAAUGUGCAAAAGGAUGGAGCUAAUCCUUUUGGCUCUUUUCACCAGCUUUCAAGCAGCCAAAAUGCUUUUACUGGGGUUGCAGGAAGUGGGUUCUCGAGCUCUACUUUUUCAUUUGGCCCAAUUUCUAAAGAUGGUUCUGCUGUUGAUUCUGGGUUUGGCAAAUCUAGUUUUCUAAGCAAUUUAGGGGCAUCAGUUGCUAAUAAGGGCGAGGGUAGCAGAAUAAUGCAAGAGGUUACUGUUGAGACAGGGGAGGAAAAUGAGAAGUCUGUUUUUAAUGCAGAUUCUGUGCUUUUCGAGUUUCUUGAUGGAGGGUGGAAAGAGCGAGGAAAAGGAGAAAUCAAAGUUAAUGUUUCCUCAACUGGGACUGGAAAAGCUAGACUCGUUAUGAGAGCCAGAGGAAACUAUAGGCUAAUCUUGAAUGCUGGUCUCUAUUCUGAGAUGAAGCUGACAGCUAUGGAGAAGAAAGGAGUAACUUUUGCUUGCAUGAACAGUAAUGGUGAAGGAAAGAAGGACGGCCUUUCGACCUUUGCGUUGAAGUUCAAGGAUCCUUCCAUAGCUGAAGAGUUUCGAGCGGUGGUCACAGAGCACAAAGGUAAGACUACUACUGCUGGACUGAAGACUCCAGAAAAUUCCCCGUAAUGCACCAAAUUAUUCAAAGUUGUUUGCUUAAAUGCCAAGAGGUCAGAGUUUUUGUUUACGCGGACAAUUUGUUCUUUUCUUGAGAUGAGGAAAUGACAAGGAGGGACUUGGUGUAGACUGGCUACUUGUAAGCCCUUCAGAAUCAGAGUCAUAGAGCAGAGUUGCUUUGUUGUUGUGGGUCUUAAGGUAUAUUUUAAAUAAUAUAUCAGUCACAAAGUCGGCUUGCAUAAUAUGUUGUGCAAAAGGCAAUGAAGACCAUAAAAACUAAAGGUGUAGAAACUGUUUGCUAUGCUUUGAUUGAAAUGUUGGCCUAUGGUAAAGAUUAUAACGUUGCUUGUCGGAUAUUUGAUCAAACAUAUUAAGCCGAUCUUUGUUUUGUUACUUUUUCA